UGGCCCCGCUGCUGCCGGCGCCAUGGCGCGCUCCGAGGAGGUGCAUCGCCUCACCGAGACCGUCUACAAGACAAUUAUGGAACAGUACAAUCCCAGCCUCAGGAACUUCAUUUCCAUGGGGAAGAACUAUGAAAAAGCCUUGGCAAGUGUAACGUAUGCUGCAAAAGGCUAUUUUGAUGCUCUGGUUAAAAUGGGGGAGUUGGCCAGUGAAAGCCAAGGAUCUAAAGAACUGGGGGAUGUUCUCUUCCAGAUGGCAGAAGUUCACAGACAGAUUCAAACUCAGUUGGAAGAGAUGCUGAAGUCUUUUCACAAUGAGCUACUGACACAACUGGAGCAGAAAGUAGAACUGGAUUCCAGGUAUCUAAGUGCUGCAUUGAAGAAAUACCAGACUGAGCAAAGGAGCAAAGGGGACGCGCUAGAGAAGUGCCAGGCAGAGCUGAAAAAACUUCGGAAGAAGAGCCAAGGGAGCAAAAACCCUCAGAAGUACUCGGAUAAGGAGCUCCAGUACAUUGAUGCUAUCAGCAACAAACAAGGUGAGCUAGAAAACCAUGUCUCUGAUGGCUAUAAGACAGCGCUUACAGAGGAGAGGAGACGGUUCUGCUUCCUGGUAGAGAAGCAGUGUGCUGUGGCUAAGAACACCAUCUCCUACCAUGCCAAGGGGAAAGAGAUCUUGACACAGAAGCUCCCGAUCUGGCAGCAAUCUUGCUCAGACCCCAACAAGAUCCCAGACCGGGCUAUCCAGCUGAUGCAGCAGAUGGCCGCCAGCAGCAAUGGCACGAUCAUCCCCAGCUCCCUGUCUACAUCCAAAUCCAACCUAAUCAUCUCGGACCCUAUCCCCGGGGCCAAACCACUCCCUGUCCCACCAGAGCUGGCGCCCUUUGUAGGGCGCAUGUCAGCACAAGAGACCAUUCCCGUGAUGAAUGGUGUCUCGGGCCCGGAGGUCGAAGACUACAGCCGCUGGUCUGAGAUGAAGCCAGCCCAGCCAAAAUCCCUAUCUCCUCCCCAGCAUCAGAAGCAACUGAGUGACUCGUACUCCAACACACUUCCUGUGCGCAAGAGCGUCGCACCGAAAAGCAGUUACGCAACCACUGAAAACAAGACCUUGCCACGCUCCAGUUCCAUGGCUGCCGGGCUUGAGAGGAACGGCAGGACAAGAGUACAGGCCAUUUUCUCUCAUGCUGCUGGUGAUAACACCACUCUCCUGAGCUUCAAGGAAGGAGACCUCAUCACGCUCCUGGUGCCGGAGGCCCGAGAUGGAUGGCACUAUGGGGAGAGUGAGAAAACAAAAAUGAGAGGCUGGUUCCCUUUCUCCUACACACGGGUUCUUGAUAGCAAUGGAAGCGACAGGUUGCAUACAAGCUUGCAACAAGGGAAAAGCAGCAGCACAGGCAACCUGCUGGAUAAGGAUGACAUCGCCAUCCCGCCACCAGACUACGGCAUGUCCUCAUCACGGGUCUUCCCACCACAACCUGUCAGCACUUUCAAACAGAGACCAUACAGUGUGGCAGUGCCUGCCUUCUCCCAGGGCCUUGAGGACUAUGGGACGAGAGCUGGAAGCAGCCCCGAUGUGGAAGUGGCCAGGUUUUGAUGUCCCUGACUAGUUAAAAUCCUUUUGCCAACAUCCAGCUGAAACCAACAGUGACCAACGACAGGUCAGCUCCCUUCAUCAGCUGAUCUCUGGGAUUGCUGGAGCCAGCAAGCACCUCCUGCCUGCAUUGCUGUAUCCAACCCACUGUAGCCUCCUUGUCCGCAAGUCUCUUUCCAGAACUUUGUUUAGGCUGCGUUUGUUUAAACCUGCCACUGCUGCUUAGGAGCCGAGGGCUAAAGCUGGUGUUUUGAUGGUCUCUCCUGUAAAGCCUGUGUAAUCAGCACAGUGACAGGGUCAAACUCUGUUACCCUUCAUUCACUCUGCUCAUGGCAGGUGUGGAGGUAGAACAGUACUCACGGCCCUGGGUUCCCAGCCUGUACCCUCCCGCCCCGUUCAGCUCUCCCAGCGCAGAAAGAUCAGCGUUAGUAGGGGAACAUGCUGACCCCACAGCCUGCUGCCGUUCUAAGAGUGGGAAAGUAGCAGCAGUCAGUAUAGCCCCAGCCUCUCGCUCCUGUCUCCUACACAGAGCAAGAUACAGGCCGAGGAGGUGUAACCCUCACCCCAGCCCUCUAAAAGGAUGUCAGCAGGGCACCUGGGCCCAAGGCUGCCAGCCUGGGCCCACAGACUCAUGCUAGUGCACUACUCGUGGUGGUGUGGACAGGGCGGGUCAGGCCUACCCAGCUUCUGCUAGCAGGAGCCCUAUUAACACCCGUCUGCGGAGCUGGGCUGGCAGGCUAAGGCCUCCAUGCAGUGUAGACACAGCCAAGGCUUGCAGACCCCCCUCUGCUGUUUAGAGCUGCCGAGGGCAGUGAGGGGCUAAGCCUUGGUCCCUUCCCUUCUUUUGGCCUGCAGCAAUUCUUGGGCUGUGGAACAGCAGAGCUAUGCAAAGCAUUUGUCCUCCUUCAAACUGCUGCUCAGGGCUGGCUAGCACGGCUGGUGCAGACAAGUAGCGUAAGGGCCAGCUGCUCCCAGGCAGGCCUGCUGACCGUCAGUGCAACAGCUGCUAAUGUUUUUACACCCAACCCUCAUGGGGCAGCAUCUAGAUUGUAUUUAGCUCAGUGAGGUAUUAGUCAAGCGUGAACACUAGGCUGUUAGAUGCAACACCCCCUGUGCAGAGGCAACCGGUACCCUCACUCACCCUCUUACCUGUAGCUGUUGUCUGUUGUGAAACCACAGGGAAGAGGAAACAGACGUGGAGGAGGGUGCCCCAUACCCCCUACCACUGUCCUAAUCACAUGUCAGAGACCUGCAAGACCCAAGCUGCAGGCAGCUUUCUGUGCUGAGGGGGAAGGGUCUGUGAAUUGAAUGGUUCCAGUGCAGAACCUUUCCAAGUCCCCAAGCCCCCUCCCAUGCUCCUAACCACUUCCCCGUGUGUCACUCGGCUCUGCCUUGCAGGCCCCUGUGAGCUGAACCCUUGCAGCUCUGUAAGUGACUGGCUGAGAACUCAGGACCAGAACCAGCUCCUGGAAGCUCUGGUCAGCAGCUGCCCCCACCCCAGGCUGCUGGUGUGAGUGCUCAGUGUAUGUUUUGGAAGAGCCUGGCUCAGGCUCCUCCGUGAGAAACCUCUGCCUUAGCUGAGCUCUCCCCCUCCCCGCUUGCUUGUUACAAUGAUCUCUGGUACCCCCUUUCAGCAUGAGGCCAUCUCAGCUCCGGCCUGCGCUGAGGCUUCUGCAGCAGCAAUGCCUGUUCUCAGGCCUUGUGUCCUUACUAAAGCAUGAGGAAGGGGAAAACACCUCCACAAACUGUGGGAACAGGCCCUGCAGCGGAGCUGGGUCCUUCCCUGCCUUGCUCCAUCAGGGGCUAGAUCAGAAAUCGGGGCCGGAAGCCCAGAUGGUGCCCAUGAAAGGGGUGGCUGCCUUCAUGGUUUGUCUGUUUGCGAUCUAGCCCUUAAAAAAAAGUGCAGAGCUAGUGCUGCCUGGGCGUUACUGUGCUCUAGGUUUAGCCCCUAAUAAGCUUAUGCCAAGUAGCAAACAAAACCAAAUGCACUGUCCAGUGUUUGUAUUUUUAUAUAAAGGAAAGUAUAUUUGACCCCUAUAAUCAAUGGCUGCUUGCUGCAGCUGCCAUGACAGCACCCCCCACCCCCCGCAGUGGGCACCAAGCUGCAGGGACCUCAUGGGCUGCCUUGCACUGCUGUGGGGGAAGCUGGGUGCACUGCCCCACCCCAUGGGGUUAAAUCUGUCCAACUGUGUUGUCUCAAACUCUAUAAUCUGCUCUUUGUGCACUGCGACUUCCCCUGCUUCUCAGCAGAGUCGGGGAGGGCUUGGGCGGGCUCCUCUCACUGAGGUGAUGUGCGGCCGUAUCUCUGGCGCUCAGAGGUAUGAAAACUCUCUGGUGCCUGAGGGCUGCCGUUAACCCGGCCUAACCCCUCUGGGAGGUGGUGCUCGGGAGCAGCCUCAGCAAAGCGCUGCAGCAGUUUGUGUCGACAAGCCCUGAGACUGCGCUGCUCUGAACUAGGCCCCCGGGCAGUGCCAAGCACUAACAAAACACCCUGCAGACUACAAGGCUCAGCACAAGUGAACGGCCUCUGGUUUUGGCUGUACUAGUUCUCUCUGGGCCUGGUCCCUGUGCUCAGUCCUCGCUCACGUGGGCAUUUUCCUGCUCCAGGAGUGAAGUUCUGCCGGGCUGCAGCCCUGCUGAUGCAGUAACUGGUUCAGGUGGAGCCAGGGCCAGCUGAAGCUAUAAGGAAUAUUGGCCCAGGUUUAGGGUUGCGACUGCUACAGUCCUAGCCUGAGGCCAGCAACUGACCUUAAAGAUGUUUUCUUGUCCGUGAGCGCCAAAAAUGUAAAUGAGUGGUGCUGCUGCUUGCCUGAGUGUGCAGCCAGCCUGAAACAAUAGCUGCCAGACCUGUGACCUGCCCACUCCACCUUAACGCUGACACCCCCUGGGGACAGCCAAAGAGGCUUCAGCUGUGGUGUGCCUGAGGCCCCAUAUUGCCUUAAUUCUGCCCUGUGUGGACCAAAGACUCAGAACGGCUGCGCAAAUGGGCCCUGAGUGAACUCAGACCUGGCCUCCCAUGAAUCAUGGGACCAAAGAGAGGCCAAGGAGCUUGGCGAGGCUGCAGGGCUCCUCAGGGACCAGCUCCAGCCUAAUGUCUCUUGUCCUGCAGCUUUCCGGAUGGUGUCCCCCAUCACGCUGUGCCUUCCUGUGGUGUGAGCAAGGGGGUUUGUGCACAAUGUCUGCAUGCAGCCACUGGCCCACAGCACGGGGAGGGAGGGAGCCUAGCAGAAUAGUGAUGUUGUUACUGCAGCUACGGCCUUGGGUGGGAGACUAGGGAGGGAGCAGGCCUGGUCACUUCUCCCCUCCCAGUGGAUCCCGUGGAGGGCUGAGGGCUGCUCCCUAUGGUUGUACAUCACUGCACUGCUUGGCCUACUCCAAGCACUUGUUCAAACCCUCCCAGAAAGGCUGCUCGCUUCGAGGAGCCUGCUUAGCCAGAGGGCUUUCAACUUGGGCAGCCAAGCUUCCCAAGCAGCAUGCCCCUGUAGAGGUGCUGUGCUGCCGCUCUGGCUGCUUCCCUGCACUUUCUAGCGGCUGCACCAUGUACCCUGAAAUUACUAUUUUUGGAACAGUAAUUUAUGAGCAAUAAAACUCACAAAUCCUU